GGGUGAAGUGGUGCACACACACACACACACACACACUCACACACACACAUCCAACACAACCACCAGGAGGGAGCCCGAGAAUUGCGACUGCUCGGCUGUUUUUGCUUUUCGUCUUGAUUUUAUUGUGUGAGAAAUAAAACCAAGAACUCCUCCUCUCAGGCAGAGAGCCUGAGCAGCUGCUGACAUCCAUUAUUGCCCGGAGAUAAAAAAAAAAGAAGUGCCCCAGAGUUGUGGAAGUCACUGCACCGUGCUCGGUGAAGGGCCUCAUCAUGGCCGCUCAUCGGAUCAGAGCCAACAACAACAACACUUCUCUUCCGCGCUGCAAAUCGGAGGGGACGCUGGUCGAUCUCAGCGAGGGAGUGUCGGAGGCCAGUCUGACAGAUGUCAAAGUGCCUUCUCCUAGUGCCUUACGACUGGACACCACCGCUUCUUUCGGUGCCGCGAGGGAAGUUGUUGCCAUAAAGGACUACUGUCCAUCCAGCUUCACCACUCUCAAGUUCUCUAAGGGCGACCUCCUCUACGUUCUUGACUCGUCUGGGGGAGAGUGGUGGUACGCUCACAACAACACAGAGAUGGGCUACAUCCCCGCUGCCUAUGUGGAACCCAUCAACUACAGAGACUCGUCCUUCAGCGACAGCGGCGUGAUAGACACGGUGUCAGACUAUAACGAGGAGGGAGCUAAAGAAAUGGACCUGUUAGGAGAGUGGACAGGAGAAAUUCUAAAACCGACCACUUUUCAAAAUGGAAAUCCUUUUGCAACAACCCAUACCUCUACAAAUCCAUUUCUAAACAGGGGUUCUCAGAGUGAUCAGACAAUAAAAGAGAAAUCAGUUGACCUUCUUCUGUUUGAUACACUCUCUUCUUCUGGCCCCAAUUCUACCAGAAACACUGGAGACAAUGGUUUUUCCAGCUACGUGUUUAGCUUGAACACUCUUAGUCCCACUGCGGUUGUGGGGCAAACAUUUCAAAGAGACAACCCGUUUUUUAGAAGCAAGCGUUCCUACAGCCUGUCUGAACUGUCCAUCCUUCAGGCUCAGACAGAAAUUCCUCAAGCCUCCAACAGUUUCUUCAGAGGUCUCAAAGCGCCUGCGCCCGAGCAGUUCCAGACCAGGGAGGACUUCCGCACGGCGUGGCUCACUCAUCGCAAGUUGGCCAGGUCCUGCCACGACCUGGAUUCGCUGGGUCAGAACCCAGGCUGGGGUCAAACGCAGCCAGUAGAAACCAACAUUGUCUGUCGUCUGGACAGCUCAGGAGGAGCCGUGCAGCUUCCAGACACCAACAUUAGUGUCCUUGUGCCUGAGGGCCAUGUGGCAGCAGGGGACACACAACAAAUCUCAAUCAAAGCUCUGCUCGACUCACCACUUGAACUGAACAGCGAUCGCUGCACCACUGUCAGCCCCGUGUUGGAGAUCAAACUCAGCAACAUGGAGACCAAAACCACCAUCACCCUGGAGAUGAAAGUGUCCGUUGUUGUGAAAAUGGAACACAGGCAGACGACAGAAGUCUUGUGUGUGAGGAGUGACUGUAAAGAGGGGCCGUAUACCCCCAUUCCUCAGGCCUACAUCUAUGGAGACACGGUCCAGGUGGGCCUGGAUAACCUUGAGCCAUGCAUGUAUGUGUGUGUGGUUACCCAGGCCCUGUCUGUACUACCUGAAACUACAGUCUGGGAGCACGUUGUUAAAAAGAUUACCUUAGGAGUUUAUGGUCCAAAACACAUCCACCCAUCCUUCAAAACUGUGGUGGCCAUGUUUGGCCAUGAAUGUGCUCCAAAGAGCCUGCUGGUGAGCCAGGGAGGUAAACAGGCACAGUCUGCACCACCAGUUGCCCUGCAACUUUGGGGUAAACAUCAGUUUGUCUUGUCGAAACCUCAAGACCUCCAUGUUGAGGUUUACUCCAACAUGGCUAACUAUGAGGUAAAAGCCAGCGAGCAGGCCAGAGUGGUCCGGGGCUUCCAGGUUCGAUUAGGCAAAGUCAGCAGGCUGAUCUACAUGAUUUCCACUCGGAACGCUGAAGAUGUUUCGGAUUUCACUCUAAGAAUCCAAGUCAAAGACGACCACGAUUGUAUCCUUGCUCAGUUUUGUGUCCAAACACCAACACCGCCACCGAAAGCAGGUCCAAAGACGUCAGUGCAGCGGCGAUUCCUGAAGAAGAAGGAGUUGGGGAAAAUAGUUUUGUCUCCUCUUGCUGUUGCAACCAAAUACCCAGUUUUCCAGGACAGAAAAAUAAACAACCUAAAAUUUGGGAAAUUAAUCAAAACUGUAAUCAGGCAAAUGAAAAACCAGUACUUGCUUGAAUACAAAAAAGGAGACUUUGUAGCCCUUCUGAGUGAGGAGAUGAUCAAGCUGAAGGGCCAGUUGUGGACAAAAGAGUGGUACAUUGGGUAUUAUCAGGGCAAAAUAGGGCUUGUUCAUGCUAAGAAUGUUCUGAUAGUUGGCAAGACAAAGCCCAGUAACAUCAGCGGGCCUGAACUUACAACCUCAUUGUUACUGGAGCAAAUACUGAAGCCCUGCAAGUUCCUCACAUACAUCUAUGCCUCAGUAAGAACUAUACUGAUGGAGAACAUCGGCAACUGGCGCGUUUUUGCGGAUGCUCUUGGAUACGUCAACCUGCCCCUGACGCAUUUCUGCCGCACAGAGCUGGACAGUGAGCCAGAGAGGGUGGCGUCGGUCCUGGAGAGGCUAAAGGAAGACUGCAACAAUGCAGAGAGCAAAGAGAGGAAGUCCUUCCAGAAAGAGCUCCUGACUGCUUUGCUGAAGAUGGACUGCCAGGGUCUCGUGGCCAGGCUUGUCAUGGACUUUGUCCUCCUGACCACCGCCGUGGAGGUGGCCGGACGAUGGAGAGACCUCGCCGAGAAGCUGUCCAAGGUUUCCCGCCAGCAGAUGGACGCCUUUGAGGCGCCGCACCGCGACAAGCAUGGCGUAGUGGACAACGAAGCCAUGUGGAAGCCAGCGUAUGACUUCCUGGUCACAUGGGCUGCUCAGAUCGGCGACAGCUACCGGGACGUGAUCCAGGAGCUCCACAUGGGCCUGGACAAGAUGAAGAGCCCCAUCACCAAGCGCUGGAAGCACCUGACCGGCACGCUAAUCCUGGUCAACUGCCUGGACAUCCUGCGGAGCUCCGCCUUCAGCCCCACUUCUCAGGAUGACGAAGCCUUCUGAGUUUGAGCUGCACAUCAGCUGACCGUUCCUGAAUGCCUGUGUUUUCUGUUCAUUGCCCGGCGGGAUCCAAACGGACUGAGGUCUCCCCAGGACACACAUGGAGCUCACKUGAACUACAGAGAAUAACAUGUUGCACAUGUAAGUAUUUUUCUACUCUAGUUGUAGCACAAGCCUUUUUGUAGAGCAACACUUUAAAASCUUUGGUGAAGAACUGCGUAUCAAAUUGAAGAAUCACUUUUUCGAACUAAAAGACUUUUUAGAUCCGUGUUACAGUCUCGCUCUGUAUUUUAUAUGUACAUGAAGAAACCGUAAUGAUCUUUUUCUGCCAUGGUCCUUCUUACUUCAGACAUCCAGAUAUUCAGCCACACUCUGUCUUGUUGGGAUUGAAGACGGAAARGUUAAUAAAUGAUUUAUUCAGUCAUCAUUUGCAACAAGGUUUGACCCGGUUUAAGGACUUUGCUCAAGGUUUUUCUGGUGGUUUGCUUUUGUGACUGUGAGUGUGCCAAAAUUACUUUUUUUUAACCAUUUCUGUCCUUGUAAGUUAGUGACUUCUUUCUGUUUGAAGGCGUCGGUGUGAUGGUUGAGGAAGCUCUAUUUUGAGAAUUCAAAUACUUGCUUUAAAAAUKUCCUUUUUUUGUUGAUUUUAAUACAACAGUUUCAUAGGAUGUUUUGUGAGCCUGAACUAACUAUUUUAUGGGUCAAUCAGAUUUCAGUCCAGAGUUUGACCAGAACAURACRUUUAUCUUUCUGCAGUUCUUUGUCAGAUUUUGACCAGAUGAUACAGGUUGUACAAUAAUUUUACCACUGGCUUUAGUGUUUACUGGCUGGUCUCCAGCAGACUUUGGGAUUAUAAGGAUGUUUUUUUUGUUUUGUUUUUUAGCAAAUGCAUGACCCAGGUUUGUGGCAUUUUUGUUUAGAAACCUUGAAGCUCACAUGAACUCUGAGGCCAGCAAGGUCUGCAGCGCUUUACAUUUAGUUCUUUUGUAACCUUGCUGGCCAUGGGCACUCACUUUGGUGUAGUGCAGUUUCCASAGUGACUAUGUCAAAACCUUAAUCAAAAUUAAUUUAUAAUUUUUUUUUUAAAAAGGGCCAAAUUAAUUUUUAGCUUUAAUGAGACUUUGAUGUGACUAAAACCAAAUUUCACUGUGUUAAAAGUAUCAGAACAAGAACAUGCCAUGUCUCAGCCCACUACAGCAGAGUUUAUCCAAAGAUGCAGUUUAGUCACUGUUCUGCACAGUGUGUUUAGUAUUGUCCAUGAUUACUGUACAGCAUUCUUGUACGUUCAUUCGCAGCAUUUCUUUAUCAGUUGAUUUUCUUUCUUUGAGUCUUCGCCUCUGCUCCCCUGACAAAUAGGUGCAAACAUUCAGCACUACAGCCUGCUGUCCACUCUUAACAGUUAUUUUGUAAACUGGCUGUUUGCAUUUACAAGCASAUGUUGUUUUUGGUAAAAAUUAAGACUUUCAAAAACAUGGAGGGUCAUAUAAAAACCUGCUCGCCAAAAAAAUGUUGCCAUUGUGUUGGGAAGUUAAAAAAAUGAAUGUUACGUAAUGUCUUAGCCACGAUCAGAAAGCUUUCAUGUAUGUUUUACCUUUUGGGUAAUGUUGACUUUGUUACCAACUGCUGGCCCUUUAUUUUUUAUAUUUUGUUGUUAAAGUGUGUAUUUUUUUUUCAAUAACAAAUAUAAUAAAAUAAAGAUUUCAAAAAUGCAACAUUUUUCAGAAGCACACUAAAGGGAAAAUUAAUUCCACUUUAUGCAUAUUUGGAUCGGUCCAUCUGUCAUUAACACUUGCUGCUACAAAAUACAUGAUGUAACUUAUUUUGCAAACAAACAAAGUUGGAGAAUAAACUGCAGAGGAACAAUAUCAGAAAUGUGAGGUCAGGGAUGAGGAAGAUUACCGCAAAACGAGGAUCAGAUAGAUGGAAGUCUGAACAGAGCAAAGGAGAUGAACACAUUCCUCAACAGGUUCAGUUCAGGAAAAAACUCAUCAUCAUCCUCCUCAUCAUCAUCAUCAUCAUCAUCAUCAUCAUCAUCAUCAUCAUCAUCAUCAUCAUCAUCAUCAUCAUCAUCAUCAUCAUCAUCAUCAUCAUCCUCUCCUGCUCUCUACCAUACAGACACCCCACCUUUCUGCGAUCCACAGAUUUUCUGUCUAACUACAGAUGUCCCAUCUUCCACCUCAGUCAUGGAUUCUUCUGUUUCCACAAGUUUGUCUUCAACCAAAUCCGGAGAUGCUGCUGCGACCUUUGACUCCCCCUCCCACUUUUCUGUACCUAGAAGUGAAGAGAGACUGAACCAGAACAAGGCUGCAGGUCCAGAUGGUGUUGGCCCCAGAGUCCUGAGGUCUGACAUGUUUUUAGGCCAAAGCAGCAAAUAACUUCUUCUUCGUCUUUUUAUUUAUUUUUAUUUUUUUUCACCCAAAAUUGUAAAUUUAGAGGCCGAAACAUAUUCAAAAACUCACCAAACCUUGCCUAAAAUUGUCCCCAGCAUGUCAUUAAAUGACUUAAUGCAAUUGCAAGUGAGCGUGGCUAAGAUGCUCUAUAUCCACAGCGCCCCCUAGAAAUCAGCUCCUAGCCCCCAGCCAUGCUUUGACCAACAAUCAUGAAAUUUGGUACAUAUAUGUAUCUUGACAGGACCUACAAAAAAAGUCUCUUGGAGCGAUGGUCCAAACACAACAGGAAGUUGGCCAUUUUGGAUCAUCCAUCCAUUUUCUUACACCCUUGUCCCUCAGUGGGGUCGGGAGGGUUGCUGGUUCCUCUCCAGCUAACA